UCACGUGCUUGGUUGGCAGCUGUGAUAAGGUGAAAAGCAGUUUGGAUAUGGCUGCCAUCUACUCGGGCAUCCAUUUAAAGCUGAAAAAUCCUCGUACGCCAUGGACAGACAAACUAAAACUCGCCCGAUUUGCAUGGCUGUCAACACAAUGUCUUCUUCCUAAUAAAGAACAGGUUCUGCUUGAUUGGACAAGUCAUGCUCUUACCGGUUAUUAUAGUAAGAAAGUGGAUUUACCUCUGGAGAUAGUGGAGGGCUUGUGGACAUACUUGGAUGAUAUUCUUCACAGCAGGAAACUCAACACUGUGCUGAGUCAAGGAAAGACAGUUAGAUUAGGAGUGGCACAGGUGGUCAGUGACAGGAUUCUGGAAUGUACUUUAGGGACUUCGUCUGUCAGUUUCUUAACGAUUCUGAGCUGCUGUCAUGGAAUAUUGACCUCUCCUGUCCUCUCUGUGACCUACACUGCGAAAUAUGAGUUGUUGGUGGAACUGGUGGCCAGACUCUGUGGCUUAGCAUGCUCUAAGCUUGAUCAACAAAGUACUGGAGAACCUCUUGAGUCAAAGGUGUUGGAGGUGCUCCUCCUUGCCCUCAGCACCUACCUCACUGUCCAGAGACAGCAGACCAAUGCCAAUCGAGUGUUUGCACAGGUCACGGGUCACUUGCUUCAGCCUCUCUGUCUUCUUAGGCACUUACUGAACACCAGAGUGUGCACAGGGGGGGAUGGAAUGCAUAUCCAACAGCACCUUGCAAGAGAGAUCCGGAGCAAAGUGGAUGCGAUUCUGCUGCCAGCCCUUUUCCUUCCUGAUCAUCUGCAGUCAUACAAGGAGGAACUUCUGUCAUCAAAAGAGGAAUCAGGGUCAAAAAACCCUGAAAAGAAUCCCGCAGGCAAGGGCUUGCUUUGCCCUGUUAACACGAUACUGACUAAGCUUUGUCCCCAAGGGUGUGGUGAAGACACAUUGUAUUAUGCUGUUAAAUCAAAUUCCCUGCCACUGCUCUUCAAGUUUGCCCUUGAUUCUUUUUGCAAAGAGGGAGACAACAAACUUCUCUGCUUUCAUCUUAUGACUAAAUUAAUUUCAGCUUUAGACUUCACGGAUGAGUUGAGUGUCAAGACCUCAUUCAGUGAGUCUAACUGGAGCCUUGCAUUGCUUGCUUUGGAGAACAUCCUUAAUUCUUGUUUACUUGGGGAUAUUUAUAAUGUCGCUGCUGACAGGAUACACCAUGGAGAGGUACAGUUAAUGUUCUACAGGAAAGUGGCUCAACUUUUGUUCAGCAAUGCUCAAACAGAUGUACCAGCAUGGUACCGAUGCCUGAAAGCCCUUCUGACAUUGAACCACCUUAUCCUUGAGCCAGACCUUGAUGAACUGUUGUCGAUUGUAUGGGUAGAUGCUGACUGCGUGGAGUUACAGGUUGGGAAGGCACGAGAGUCCCUUGUUUCAGCAGUCAUCCAAACCUACACUAAACUACGCCAACUACCCAGGCUCUUUGAGGAGCUUCUCGAUGUGGUUUGUCGACCAGCAGCAGAUGAGCUUAGGCAGAAUUUGUUGUCAGAGGACAUCCAGAAGAGCCUGAAUCAGUGUCUGCUUGAUCACCCUCCCAGCCAAAGUCUUGAAAUCUGCCGGCUCAUUCUAGAAAGGAUGCAAAAUGAUCUAAUCCCUUUCAUGGGCGAGAAGAGAAAUGAUAUUGCUCUGAAGCUGUUUUCACUUAGUGUGCUCCUCCACGUGGUACUGUUUGGUCUGAAGACCCUGGACAAUAGCAGCCCUGUACCUAUUGUUAGGCAAACCCAGAAUCUGAUGAAAGAAAUUCUUGCAGUUACGGUACCCUCACUACAGCUUCUGGAUCAAAAUAUCUCAGCCCAUGGCCUAUGGGGAGAGAAGAUCCAAGAAGUGAGUCUCUUACUUGUUCACACUUGGGCUGAGUUAGACACUCUCUUCCAGAUGUAUUGUAGUAAAUACCAGUCUCCAGUUGACCCUAAUGUUGGUGAUGUUGAUAUCCUCUUUAGUACAUUAGUGACAAAGUUUUUUCAGAAUGACCAGAGCAGUAAGGUCUGUAGCCCCAUGAGCAAGCUCCUGCAGGAGCGCUUAGUGCUCCACAGGAUGAAGAAAAUCCUCGUUAAGAACGGCAACAUAUCAGACUCAGUCAUGCUGAACCAUCUUCGCGAAGCUGCUCAGUUUAUUAUUGGGAAAGAGGAGCCUUCCAUUACACUGAACUGUAACCAUCUCUGGGAUGUUCAGCUUAGCAGUGUGGACAGUGACACCUAUCCAGUGGCCCAUUGGUUUCUAGUUACCUCCAACUUGCCUCUGAUUGCUCCGUACCUUGGAGAGGAAGAUGUCUCUUAUUUGUCAGAGUGCUUUUUGAACUCUCUUCUUCAAAAUGACUCAGCUAAUGAUACUGAGAAGCAUGGGCUUUCCAUUUCUCUCAUUUCCAAACACAUGCUCGAGAGCAUAGUUCUGUGUGAGCUGCCAUUAGUGUACUCAGGUGUGGUAAAAGGUGUCACAAAAAAGAUUAUUGGAGUAGUCUGCACGGCUAAAAUAGAGGAGAUGAUUCCCUCAGUUUUGAAAUCUUGUGAUGAAAUCAGUGACACAUCCGGUAAAAAGCAAGGAACAGUGAUAGAUGAUAGCAGCAGAGACAAUGAGGCUCCUGCUGCUUGGAAGAGACUGAAAGCAAUUGCUCAGGAGAUUAUGAAGUGUGUUGAGGGAUGUAACUUCCUGUUUCUGACUGAAAAACAGGUAGAUGGUCUUCUGGACUUACUGAAAAUCACUGAUCUGCUCAUCCCACAGGCAAUGCUGCAAGAGGAUUAUUUUGAACUUUUUCUGGUUUUGUAUUUUAUGGCUGUGUGCAUUCGGUGUGACAGAGGCCUUGAGAUUUCAAAAACUAUAGGACUCCUGAGAGAGCUCUUUAAUCUCAUGGCUUCGCUGUUGGGCAAAACUUCACACUCAAUACUUAAAGUUGAACAUGGAAGUAAUCUACUAGAGGCUGCGGUGACAUCGCUCUCCUCACUUAUCAGUGAAGGUCAUUUACCAACUUUGGAGGACUCUGCUCAUUCAACUUUCCUGCAGUCUGUCCAGAACUUUAUUCAGUGCUUAUUACAGACAAUAGUUCACCGAAAGAGUAGCGUUUCCCUCAACCUGGAAAAGUUCACCUCCUUUAUGGCUGAGCACAAAAUUGUCAAUGGAGAGUUGUCUUCGUGUUCUGACAAGCCACAUGCAGGUACCCCAUUUUCUGUACAACUCUACUUGUCAAUCCUGAGCACACUUUCACAUGUUAUGUGCUCAGCCCUGGGGAAAAAUAAACAACUCGACGUGACUCUGACCCAUCUAUUGGAGAAGAUUGCGUCUGUAAUGGGGCCUACCAUCCAGGACGUCGUGAUGGGCCAGACAGGCUGUGUUCUCAGCCAGUCCUUCUCUGUGAACAUUAUGACGGGGAUGGUGAGGACUGACCUAAAAAAGACUGAUUACCAGGAGACGGAAAGUUCUGAGGGGGCCGCGAAACAGCAAUUAUGCCACGUGGGGCUGUACAGGAGUUUCAAAGAGCAGAUUCUGAUGGAUCUCUGCUCAUCAGCUCAUCCCAUGGACGUUGUCAUUUCAUCAGUCAAUUACCUCUCUGCUUACAUCGCUGCUGCAGAGAAGAACAAAGAACAAGAUCUUGGAGAUCUCAAGUUGGAAAUUUUGCAGAGCAUACAUAAACUACUUUCAGGUUCCUGGCUUUCAGUGUCAGAGGUGAGGGAACUGGAAGGACCAGUGAAGAACUCGCUUGCCCAAUUGAUGAUCAACAUUUCCCAAGAGCAGUUCCUUGUGUUGCUUCUGACUUUGAGAGAUGGUUUAGUGACCCCCAAAAUAACAGAGGGUCACCACAAGGACGUCUUGUCAACAGUGAUUCUGACAAAGCUGCUUGCCACCUGCCUGCUCCCAGAGCCUUGCGCAAAGACUUUCUGGCUCAUUGCCCCUCAGAUUAUAUCAGCCCUUGUUUUUAUAGUGAAAGAGUCCAGUAGGAUGAUCCCCUUAACCUGUGCCUUGACUGUUCCAACCCUGGACGCUUUAACCACGCUGCUCCGUCAAGGGGAAAGCCUUUUGUCCAACUCACACCAUGUGGUCCUGGUCCUUGGAGCCCUGCAACUUGUUCCCCUCGAGAACCAGUCUGUGGAAGAUUACCACUCAGCAUUUGAAGCAAUUCACGAGGCCUUGUUUGCUAUUAUACAGUGCCAUCCUCAGGUGAUGCUGAAGGCAGCGCCGUCUUUCUUGAACUGUUUUUAUCGCCUGGUAACAUCCAUCAUGCACGAGGGUAGACAGAGAGGAGAGGCCGAGAGAGGUGGAGAUGGCGAGAUGCUUUUGAAAUGUGCUCGGCUAGUGGAGAGAAUGUACUCACAUAUCGCCACAACAGCAGAGGGUUUCACUGUCUUGUCAUCUUUCAUGGUGGCACAGUAUGUCAGUGAACUGCAGAGGGUGACACUACAACCAGACGUCAAGGCACAUCUGACUGAGGGCAUUUAUCAAAUCCUGGAUCUCUGUGUCGAACAGGAUGUAAAGUUCCUGAACACCACACUGCAAGCAGGUGUGAAGGAGGUGUUUCAUGAACUCCUCAGCAGUUACAAACACUACCAUAAGGCUCAGAGGCAAGGAGAAGAGAAAUACACAAGCUGAGAAUCCCCUUUGGUAGAAGUUCUGUCGUGUCAGUCUGAGACUGAAUGGCACA